CUGUUUCCGACAUCUCCGUCGUCCGUCAAGUGACAGUCCUCGUGAACAAUUGUCCGCCGAUUAUAUCGUCUAGCUGUUACUGAAAAUGUCGGGAAAGUCUAAAGCAUUUACCAAAGAGGAGGAGCUACUAUUGCAAGACUUCUCCAGAAAUGUGUCGACAAAAUCCUCGGCGUUGUUCUAUGGCAAUGCUUUCAUCGUUUCGGCGAUACCCAUUUGGUUAUUUUGGAGAAUACAUUUGAUCGAUUUAUACUCUAACCUAAUCUCUUUUGUAUUGGUUACAUUGGCGAGCACAUACGCCCUUGCCUUAGCAUAUAAAAACACAAAAUUCAUUCUUAAACACAAGAUUGCAGUAAAAAGAGAAGAUGCUGUAACUAAAGAAAUAAGUCGUAAACUCGCAGAAGACAAAAAGAUGAGCAAGAAAGAAAAGGACGAAAGGAUCUUGUGGAAGAAGAAUGAAGUGGCAGAUUAUGAAGCAACAACAUUCUCAAUUUUUUACAAUAAUGCCCUUUUCCUAGCAUUCGUCAUUGUAUCUUCGUUUUACAUUUUAAAAACAUUCACACCUGCAGUAAACUAUAUACUUUCUGUAGGUGUUACUAGCGCAUUCCUAGCAUUAUUUUCAACAGGAUCUCAAUAAUAUAUGCUACGAACCCA